AGUUGUAAAUAUAUAACGGUAUGCUUUCAGUUGCUUCGAAUUCAAGGCAAGACAACUGAUUUAUUUAGCCAAGUGAAUGUUUUUGACACGAUGGGAUUUACUCUGGCAAAGUCGCCAGAGGACAACGGCAUAACAGACAAAGACCUGAAAGCUGUUUUGGAAGGAGAAGUAGAAAUUAACCACAAAUUUAGUUCAGUUGGGAGUGAACGAACAGGGUUUCACAAUAGACAAGAAAAUAAACCACAUUGUGUUAUCAUUGUUGUUAGUGCUGAGGCACUGCAGCUUCACGAUGACAGUGUUUUGACGAGAAAAAUGAGGAACUUGCAUAGUUUAAUUCCAAGCGAUGUUUCGAGAAUUGUGGUGAUCACCUGUUGCGACAAAAUAAGCGAGUCCGUUCACCAAAACGUCACUGAAAUUUACACAAGCAAAAAAAUUUAUUCCAUAGUCCAAAAGGCGACGAAGACUUUUGGAACACCAGAAAACAUGGUUUUCCCUAUUGUUAACUAUUAUAAAGAACUUAGUUUAAACCCAGAGAAAAACGUUCCAAUUUUGUAUGCGUUGUUGUUUGCACUUAAUUUUGCAGCGGAUCGGCAAGAAUUAAGAACUCAAACAUGACUUCAUUGAACAAUGAUAAGAAAAUAACACAAUAAUGUGUUAUGUUAUGUAACAAAAGAUAAAUAAAGUAUGGAAAACAA